AUUGAGAUGACGCUUGGGAAGUUGGGCUGAUUAAAACCUCCUGACAUUUAGAUACUGAAAUAUUCACAAGAACUCGUGUUGCGCUGGUCGUCCAAGUACUUCCAAAGGAGCGUUAAAAACACCCAAUUAUGGCUAAACCAAAGCUGCUCCGUCGGCCUCUCCCUCCAAAAGUGGAAACUGUGCUGCUUAUGCCAAAGAGAAAAGACCGCAAAGCUACCUCUGCCAAACACCCAGGGACUCAUGGAGAAGAUAAAGAAUCUAAAGAAAUCCCUGGAGACGCGGGAGCCACUCACGUUGAAUGUUCUAUGACCACGAAGAGCCAUCGUAUUCUUCUUUCUUUGCCAGACUCCUUGGAUACUACUUCAGCUGCUAUGGAGCCAAGCUGUCUGCCUUCGGACAGUAUUAAGAGAGACUUUGUCAUACCUCUGCAACCCAGUGGGCCUCCUUCUUUUCCGUUACAAAAACGGCGCAUCCCCUUGCGACUGAAGCUACCUGCAUUGAAGCUCCGCCGGUUGAUUUUACCAUCAGACUAUGUCCUGACAGGUUGUACUGCGGUGGUCUCUUGCGUUUCACGACAUGUGGAAGCCCCAUAUCCAAAGCCAUUUAUUUCCCGUUUUAACUAUGAAGUGCUCUGUAGACAGCUGAUGCAUGAGGAAAUGAGGAGCCGCCAAGAGGGAGUCAAUGCUGUAAUGUUAUCAACAGCAGAUCUUCCAUUCGUUCCAGCCAAGAAAACUGCACAACAAGCGCUGUUAGAAAAAUUGCAAGAGCGGCUAUUAGAAACUUCCGAGGCAACUGAAAUCUCAGAAGAAGCCACAGAAGAAGAAUUUGCAUUCCUCAGUCUUGAACUGAAAAAAAGAAAGAAAGUGACUUAUUCAGAUCAACUACUGGAAAGUGAAGAUCUGACGCUUGUCUCUGGUGUCGGGUGUAGGUCUGGUUUAGGCUCAGCGGAUGAGGAUGCGGAGAUGGCGACCAGGGCCGAAUUGGCGGUUGUCUCUUGCCUGAUGCAUAAAAGAACUGGGCUUAGUCUUAAGGGAUAUUUUCUGACUACCCUUCCAGACCUUUCAGUUUUCUGCGACUUCUUGUUGUACCUAAAUCUGUCAUUUAAUGACUUGCACUUCUUCCCUACAGAGGUGUGUGAUCUUAAAUCCCUGCAAAUCUUAAAGCUCCGAAACAACCCGAUCAGAUUCAUCCCAGAAGAUAUCAAAAAAAUGACAUGCCUUAAAACCUUAGUCAUGUCCUUCAAUCUGCUGACUGAACUCCCACCUUGGUUGUUUAUGUUACCAAAUCUUGAAUUCCUCGAUGUUUCCUACAAUGAACUUGAAUAUAUCUCAAAUGGUAUCAGGAAUGCCAGGAGUCUCAAUUACUUCAUCGUAGAAGGCAAUUUGCUGUAUGUUUUGCCUUGUGGGAUUUUGAAAAUUCCACUGAAACGCCUGAAGGUAGAAAACAACUUCUUGCACCCCUUUUUCUGGAAAGAAAUCAAACAACUUCAGCCACAACGACUCGGUGAUAUGGCCGCCCUUUGUUUUGUUCAAAACAACCUGAGGAAAAGAUACCCUGGGAUCCCAGAGGACAUUCAAAAGCAAUUGGACAGCUGUGGUACUUGUGAUUGCUGCUUAGGACCUUUGUAUGGCCAAGGCCUUGGUUUCCUUCGCCCUUACAGGAACAUCUAUGGACUUCGGCUUCCUUAUUUGUUUUCUGCCUGCUCCCCGGCCUGUUACAUGAACUAUAUCACUUGAACUGCCUGGAACACAGUGGCUGGCAGGCUUGUCAUGAAUCCUCCUUGCUCCUUGAGCUGGUAACUUCUUGAAUAAAGAGUUGACCAUCACCCCGCAUGCAGAUUUGACUCUCAGCCUAAGGAUUCCAGGAGCAUGACUUUGCCUGCAAAAUCAUCUGGAAUAUCUAUAGUAUAUCUUGUUUUCCAGAAACCCUGCUAGGGAGAGGUGUCAGCUGAUAUUUAUAUUUUAAUUCAUUGAAUUUUUUUAAAAUUUCAUAAACAUAAAUAUGUUUGGUAUGAGAUACCCCUUGGCUUUGGUUCCAAAAAUCCCAUUCCUUGCCCAUCACCUCCGAGAUGUAAAAUAUCACCAAAGUAAUUAACAAACAAAAGUAACGAAUGCAGACAAUUUAUCAUUUAGCCUUGAAAGGAAUCCACACUGACAGCUAAUUAGAAUUGCCAGUUGGUGGAAACAAGCACAAUUUUACCAGCACGGUUUUAAUGGGGCUGUUCAAAUAUAUUAACUAGAUUAUGUUAAGUGGUCUUCUACAUGUUCCAAAAUUUGUUGUUUCUUAAUAUAUCUUCUGCUUCUCCAUAUAUAAUAAAACUGAGUAUUAUUAAGAUGUUGUUUGAUGACAGUAUUCUUCAAUAAACUAUAUAUAGC